GGUUGGUAACAAUGAACGAGGACGACGUUAAGGUGUGGUGAGUGUUUUGACAUAAACGGAGUGUUUUAACGAGCGGAGAUAAUUGUAACACAAAUAAUCGGCUUCGCGUCAAAUUGUCCGAAAAACUCACCAUGUCGGCAAACAAACAGGAUUAUCACAGAGCGUCAAACGCUGUUGUAUUUGGCGGAAGUCUCACGUUUGGGGCUCUUUUUCUUUUAAUGAUGGCCUUCAUAAGCCCGUAUUGGAUCGAAUCAUAUCAAGAGACGUUUAGCAAUUUCAAGCAUAUGGGACUCUGGGAAUAUUGCUUCGACCACUUCCGUUAUCCCAGCUAUCAGUUCGACAAGCAGUUCAACGGCUGUCAUCACAUCUUCUCGCAGGAGUACUACGUCAUAAGAGAGUGGUUGUUGCCGGUGUGGCUCAUGGUGGUUCAGACGUUCGUCACAAUAGCCCUGUUGCUCUCCUGUUUCUCGUUCUUCGUGAUAAGUUUGAUCUGGGUUCGCUGGCCGUUGCGAUUCGUACUGCAUUACGAGUGGAUUCUGUCGUCGGUCGCGUGUGGGUGUUCCGGAGUGGCUGGUGCUCUCCUCUUCCUGUCGGUGUCCGUUUUUGGCGGACAGUGUUGGCGCCGGGACUGGCUGAUGUAUCCGAACUUCAAUCACCUGUCGUGGGCGUACGGUCUCGCGGUCAUAUCCUUCAUGUUUCACACGGUCGCCGCCUUUUUUCUGUACCUGGACGCGCGCACGGGUUACAGAUUGCGCAAGGAGUCUCGCAAUCUGGUGAUGCAGAUGCAGCCGAAUCCGCAGUCCCAUCACGGGACUCUCUCGUCUCGAAGCGGAUACAUAUAAGUCGAGUCGAAUCGUUCGACAGUCGAAUCUCGAACUUCGAAGCGUGGGGGAUUUUGUUGUUCCAAUGAAGUAACAGAUCUAUGUACGAAAGACUGAUCACGCACGCCGAAGUACGACUUCAAGUCCGUCCAAUUUUAUAAUUCUUAAGUAACGCUUUGAGCGCAAAACUUCUUUUUUUUUUUUUUUUUUAACGAGAA